GAAAGCAAGAAAGAUAAGACUGUAGCUAGCCACCGCGCGCACGAGUAGUCUAGCUAGACUACACUCACAUUCAAAACAAACACACAGCGGCGUGCUGCGUGAUCUCUGACCGCGUCGACAACUACGGUGACCGCAGCACCAAGCAGCCGAUGGCGGCCACCGUAUCUUCCUGCCUGAGCCUCGUCCCCACCGUGCACCACCGGGCCGGCGGGUUCCCCGCUGUGGCACUGACGAACACGCUUCAGCGCCGUCGUCGUUCUCGCCGCUAUCUCGUCGUCGUCGCCUCGGCGACGAGAGCCGAACAGGAGGCCGCCCCUGUGACGAUCGAGGACGUGGACCUCAGCUCUCAUCAGGCGGCGCCCGACGAUGGGGAGCUCGCCGCGCGGUGGCCGGAGAUCCACGGCAGCAACAACUGGGAGGGCCUGCUGGACCCCAUCGACGGCGUGCUCCUCCAGGAGCUCAUCCGCUACGGCGAGUUCGCCCAGGCCACCUACGACAGCUUCGACUACGACCGCUUCUCCCCCUACUGCGGCAGCUGCAAGUACCCGGCGAAGACCUUCUUCCACGACGUCGGCCUCGGCGGCAUCGGCUACGAGGUCACCCGCUACCUCUACGCCACCUGCAACGACCUCAAGUUCCCCAACUUCGGCAUCAAGACGGCCGCCAACGCCAAGAUGUGGAGCGAGUCCGGCACGUUCAUCGGGUACGUGGCCGUGUCCACCGACGAGGAGACGGCGCGGCUCGGCCGCCGGGACAUCGCCGUGGCGUGGCGCGGCACCAUCACCCGCCUCGAGUGGGUGGCCGAUCUGACGGCCAACCAGAUCCCCCUGCGCGAGACGGGCGUCCCCUGCCCGGACCCCGACGUGAAGGUGGAGCGAGGGUUCGUGGCGCUGUACACGGACAAGGGCACCGGCUGCCGCUUCUGCCGGUACUCGGCGCGGGAGCAGGUGCUGGCCGAGGUGCGCAAGCUGGUGGAUCUGUACCACGGGCGGGGCGAGCAGGUGAGCGUGACGGUCACGGGCCACAGCCUGGGCAGCGCGCUGGCGAUGCUGUGCGCCUUCGACAUCGCGGAGACGCGCGCGAACGUGUCGCCGGGCGACAGGGUGGCGCCGGUGUGCGUGUUCUCCUUCGCCGGCCCGCGCGUCGGGAACGUCGCCUUCCGGAGGCGGUUCGAGCGGGAGCUGGGCGUGCGGGCGCUGCGCGUCGUGAACGUGCACGACAGCGUGCCCAAGGUGCCCGGCGUGUUCUUCAACGAGUCGGCGUUCCCGGAGCUCGUCCUGCGGGCGGCGGACAGGCUGGGCCUCGGCGGCGUGUACACGCACCUGGGCGUGCUGCUGCAGCUGGACCACAAGGUGUCGCCGUUCCUCAAGGAGACCCUGGACCUCUCGUGCUACCACAACCUGGAGGCGCACCUGCACCUGCUGGACGGCUUCCGCGGCUCCGGCGCGGGGUUCGAGCCCCGCGGGAGGGACCCCGCGCUGGUGAACAAGUCCACCGACUUCCUCCGGGAGGACCACAUGGUGCCGCCCGUGUGGUACCAGGCGGAGAACAAGGGCAUGGUGAGGACGGAGGACGGCCGGUGGGUGCUGCCGCCGCGGCAGAGGGUGCUCGACGACCACCCGGAGGACACUGACCAUCACCUCCAGCGGCUCGGUCUCACCGCGUGAAGCUCAGCAAUACUCUGAUAGUAGCGUUAAUUAGUGCGUGUGGCGUUCGCGUACGUGCGCGGGGCAGUCGGUUACUCUGUUGCCGCGCGCGGCAGCUCAGUGGCGCGUUCAU